AUGCAACCAACAACCAACAACAAUAACAACACAGCUUCAACUUCCCCAACAUUAAAUGUUGAAAGUAAUCAAAAACAAAAACAAGGUGGUCUUAACAAUUCACACAACAACAGUGGAAAUAAUUUAACACGUACAAAAUCAUUGGAUACUUGUCGUGUUUGUGGCGAUGGCCCAGCCAGAAUGCAUUAUGGAGUUCCGACGUGUUUUGGGUGUAAAGGGUUUUUUAGAAGAACAUUAAAAAGGACAAAAGAAUAUACUUGCAGAUAUAGUGGAAAUUGUAUUGUUGAUAGAUAUGAACGCAAUUCCUGUCGUUAUUGUCGUUUCAAACGCUGUUUAGAAGUUGGAAUGGAUCCAAAAGCUGUAAGACCAGACAGAGAUGCUGCUGGCCGUACACAUCCAGUUAGACGAAGAAUGUCUAGAAAUUUAUUAAAUGGGGCAACAAAUAAUAAUGUUAAUGAAGUUGUGGUUGUUGGAGGUGAACAAGAGAUUAUUGCUGAUAGUGGUGGUAAUAAUGGGGUUGGUGCUGCAGAUGCAGAAUGGGUACGGAAAUUGCCUGUUGAAAUGCGUACUUUAUUAAUGCAAAUAAUGAAUAUUGAUGUUAUGAUACAACAUGGAGACACCCAAGAAAGUCCAGAAAAUUUAUAUCCACUCCCUUUUACAAGUUUACGGCAAAUGUUUGAAGACCCGACAUGUUUGGAUGGAAAAAGGACUGAAAUAAGAUAUGAGCAUUAUAGACAAGUUGAACCGAAAGAAUUAACGUAUUUGGCACAUCGGAGAUUAAUUGCUGCUGUGGAUACAAUUGAUCAUUUAUGUGCUCUAAUGGAUUUGCACAAUAUUAGAGACAAAUUAAUCCUCACAAAGGCAGCAUAUGCACCAUUAUCUUUAUUUUGUUCUGUGUCAUCUACAGCACGUAUAACAAAUAAUCGAGACAUUCUCUGCCUUUGUAAUUAUGGUUAUGUACCUAGAGGUGCUCAUCUUACAUAUUCAGAACCUUACCAUUUUGCUAAUCGAAUUGUGGACAGAGCUUUAGAUGAACUUGUAGAGCCUUUUCGAACAUUUAACUUUAAAGAACGCGAAAUUGUUUUAAUGAAAGCUAUUGUUGCAUUAAAUCCUUAUUUGCCAAGUUUAUCAACAGAAGCAGCUGAACAAAUAGCCGAUUUUCGUGAUAGGCUACAGGAAACAUUAUAUAAUGUUGUUCGAGAAAGCCAUCCAAAAGAAGUAGCCUCUUCUCGUUUUGGAAAUUUACUUUUAUUUCUUCCAAAUAUAAUGAUACUUGGAAGUAUUAUGAUUGAAAAUUUACAAUUCUUACAUUCAUUUGGAAGUCACUGUGGAGGUAUUGGGCCUUUACUUGGCGAAUUACUUGAGGAAGAGUGUGAGGAAAAUAUACAGGAUUGUGUGGGGUGUGGUGAUGAUUUGUUGUCUUUAAACAGUGGAGAGAAUAAUGAUGGGGUAUAUUCUUAA